AUUAUGAAAUCAUAAGAAACCCCUCUUAAAUUUGAAACCCGUCUGCCAGUAGGAUGUCUAGAUAGUUUGUUCUAGGCACUCACUUAUUCCUUUCCUUAAAUGAAUAUUUUUUAUAUGCAUUAUCACAGACCUAGAUUGAAUGCAGGUGGGAAACCCAACCAUUUUAUCUUGACAAUGGCCCAAUAGUAUUCAUCUUACUUAUUGUUUUCUUUCAUUUUUGAAUUUGUGCACAACGAGCUUGCAGUGUCUCACAAAAAAAAGAACCUAUUACGUGCAAUUAUCCCAGUGAUUACUGCAACUUUGAUGGUUAUUGCAUGCUGUUACUUGUAUUAUUUGAGAAGAAGAAAAGUGGCCAACGGACAAGUUAACAGGGAAAGAAAUCAGGGAAACGCAGCAUUUCGACUGUAUGACAGUGAACGAAGUGUCAAAGAAUUGAUAGAUUCAGACCAAUUUAGAGAAGAUGAUAAAAAAGGCAUAGAUGUACCAUUUUUCAAUUUGAAGAGUAUACUAGCAGCAACAGAUUACUUCUCAGAUACAAAAAAGCUUGGACAAGGGGGCUUUGGGCCUGUUUACAAGGGUACAUUUCCAGGAGGACAAGAAAUUGCUAUAAAGAGGCUCUCGAGUGGUUCAGGGCAAGGCUUGGAGGAAUUCAAGAAUGAGGUUGUUUUGAUUGCUAAACUUCAGCAUUGGAAUCUUGUUAGACUUUUGGGUUAUUGCAUAGAAGGAGAUGAAAAAAUGUUACUCUAUGAAUACAUGCCAAAUAAGAGUUUAGACUCAUUUUUAUUUGAUCGGACUCUAUGCGUGUUACUAAAUUGGAAGAUACGCUUUGACAUCAUUUUGGGAAUUGCUCGAGGGCUGCUCUAUCUUCACCAAGAUUCGAGGUUGAGGAUCAUUCAUAGGGAUUUGAAAACAAGCAAUGUUCUUCUGGAUGAGGAGAUGAACCCCAAGAUUUCUGACUUCGGCUUGGCAAGGAUAUUUGGAGGCAAACAAACUGAGGCAACCACGACAAGAGUGGUUGGGACUUACGGCUACAUGUCUCCAGAAUACGCAUUGGAUGGGUUUUUCUCAGUGAAGUCUGAUGCCUUCAGCUUUGGUGUAGUUGUACUUGAGGUUAUCAGUGGAAAAAAGAACACCGGAUUUCACCAGUCAGAACAUACUUUGAGUCUUUUAGGUUAUGCAUGGAAAUUGUGGAAAGAAGGCAAGGCUUUAGAUUUAAUGGACCAAACAAUACGUGAAACUUGUAAUGCAGACGAAUUUUUGAGGUGUGUUAACGUUGGGCUUUUAUGUGUACAAGAAGACCCAAGUGAUCGUCCCACAAUGUCGAAUGUGGUUUUCAUGCUUGGUAGUGAAACUGCAACUCUCCCAACUCCUAAACAACCAACCUAUGUUGUAAGAAGAUCCCUUUCUGGUGCAACUUCUUCUACUACUAAACCAGAAAGCUGGAAUGAAUUAACAUCUACCAUUGAAGAAGGCCGAUAAUGGUGGAUAGCAUAAGGGCUCUCAUGAUUCUUGUUUUAUCUUUAUCAGUCCUGCGGAAGUUUCCAGUAUUCUUCCUAUGCUUCUCAAAGGAACAAUUAAGGCAUAUUUCUUGUCUGUCAUAUUGAUACUUUUUUUAUUUAUUGUCCCUGAUAAGUGAUAAAAUUGUAUCCAAUCUAAGUCUGAUUGUUUCCUAUUUGAA